AUGCGUUUUCAUCCUGUGGUAUCGGUGUUGGUCGCGAUAUCGGCACCUCUCGCGACCGCACAACUCAACUCGUAUGCGAAAAAGGCUGGUCUGAAGUACUUUGGCGCAGCGACCGACUCACCUGGACAAAGGGAGCGCGCUGGUCUUGAGGCAGCAUACCCCCAGUAUGAUGCAAUUAUAAGAGGCACAAGUGAGUUUGGUCAAACCACGCCUACCAAUGGCCAGAAGUGGCUGUUCACUGAACCUGAGCGAGGCGUCUUCAACUUUACCGAGGGCGACAUCGUGGCCUCCCGUGCUGCAGAAAAUGGCCAGUUGCUCCGAUGCCAUACCUUAGUCUGGCAUAGCCAGCUCGCGCCUUGGGUUGAGGAGGGAUACUGGACCCCCGAAGAGCUGCGCGCAAUAAUCGUCGAGCAUAUCACGCAAGUCAUGGGCCAUUAUAAAGGCCAGUGCUAUGCGUGGGACGUCGUUAACGAAGCGCUGAACGAGGACGGGACGUACCGCGAAUCCGUCUUCUACAACGUCCUUGGCGAGGACUUCGUUAAGUUGGCGUUCAGCACGGCGGCGGAGAUCGAUCCCAGCGCGAAACUUUAUUACAACGACUACAACUUGGAGUCGCCGGGAGCGAAGAGUGAGGGAGCUAUACGAAUCGUCAAGUUACUGAAGGAGGCGGAAAUUAGAAUCGACGGUGUCGGGAUGCAAGCUCAUCUCACGGCGAGUGGGGCGCCGACGCUCGACCAGCAGAUCGCCGUUAUGGAAUCGUACGGUGCGCUCGGAGUCGAGAUAGCUCUCACUGAACUCGACGUCAGGGUUGAGAUGCCAACGAACGAGACCAGCAUGGCGUGGCAAGCUGAAGUGUAUAAGAACUCUGUUAGCGCUUGCGUGCAAGUUUCAGCAUGCGUUGGUGUAACGAUCUGGGACUUUUACGACCCUUUCAGCUGGGUUCCGGCCGUGUUCCCGGGCGAAGGCGCUGCGCUACUUUGGUUUGACGACUUCACGAAGCACCCAGCUUAUUACGCGGCUAUCGAGGCGAUGACGAAAAAGACUGGGAAUUAUACUUGUAGAUCGAAAAGACGUGUGACAGAGAAUAAGAGGAGCCGCCGACUUUAUUGA